AUGGCAGAGGAAGCAAUUCGACUUGCUCCAGUUUGUACUUUGGCCGCUGAACUCGAUUGCGGUCGAGCCGGCCGUUUUCGUUCAGAAGUCUACGAGGUGGACGCGGCACGGACGGGCAUCAAGAGAUAUUGGCAUCUUCGUUGGUUGGUCGAGUUUCUCGGCGGGACGGACGUGCCCAACUUCAUUGGCAACCUCGUCCCGGUUCUCCGUAACAAGGUCGUCGAGAGGAUGGAUCCACUUUGGUCGGGCGACCCGGACGCUCUGGUCGAGAAGGCCAAAACUCAUGUCCUCGACAGCUCUUGGUCGUCCGUGCAAGAAAAAGCGCAACAGCACCGAACAGGUGCUAAAAGAAAAGAGGCCGAGCGCUCGGAGACAGACCCGGCCGACGACCCGGCCGAUGACGCGGCCGCUCGGGAGACAACUCCUGACAAGGCCGUCGCCGCGGCCUGUCGCGAGACCUGCUGCUCUACCUUGGCUCUCGCCGUGCUUCUGCCCCACUGGGCCUGCAACAUGCGGUCGAACAUGAAGUGGAACUUAGAGGCCGACGAUGUCAAGUCCAGGUGCCGGGACGUGCUUCGUGGUUUGAGCCAUUCCUUCUUCGCGCAGGCCGUGCGCACCGUCACGGGCGACAACCCGCCGUUCUACAUCAACAUCGCGGACGGGCGCUUGGACAAGCAGGCUCUGCUGCAGCAAGGAGGCGGCCGGGUUUUCCAGUCACUCCAAGCUCAGGAAGGCCGGUGGAUGGAUGUCGCGGACGUUCUGAUUAUCCUCGUGGGGGAGGACAAGAAUCGGGCGUUCGGUCUCAACAGACGGAAGAGAGCAAGAAUGUGCAUCGCUCGGGUCCUGGAAAUUUUGCUCGGGCAGGUGGAGUCGUCGUCCAUCGCGGAACACAUGGUUUGGAAUAAGGUCCAGGUGAAGCAGCUGGAGCAGAUGAG